AUGACUGUGGUCGCCGGGUUCGCCUAUCUACAACCAUCGAACCACCGCGGUGUCCUGCCUGUCGAUUGGCCUCUUUGCCGCCUCUGGUCGAAACGCGUACCUGCUUGGGCUGCCGCAUUCCGAUUCCUGCACUUUCAUACAAUCUUCGCUGCGCGCUUUGCCAAACUCGGCCAUCUUCCCAGCCUCUUCUUCUCGAUGUUCGCCCUUGUUAUGACUGUGGAACCCCUUUUCAUGCUCGGACUGGCAAGAUCAACUGUUGUGCAAGCCCCCGUCGAUUAUGGCCACUUACGUACAACUACCUUUGACCCCUUCGUUAACUCGUUUCAGCGCCUUCACGACGCUGGAGAAUCCGUACUAGAAAGGGGAUCGCAUUUGAGGCCUCUGGCACCAGUUCCGCAGCCACAGUUGACUCUCUCACAGUCAUUCGAUCUUCCAAACACUGACCAUCAUCCAGCCCCUCCCCCAUUAGACCCGAGAACCGAGCCGAGAACGCAAAGAUUUGUACUUCCUGCGGGUCCUCUGCCGGUACCUAUCUUGCAACAGUCGCUGCUCUCACAACCAACCCUACUCGCCGUAGAGAAAAGACGGAAUUCGACUUUAUUGCGGCCCGCGGUCAAAAAGCAAAGAACGCUAGACUCGCGGACGUUCCAGGACAAUUUGAAUCGAGCGCUGUGUUUCCUGGGCGACGAGCUGGAGACUCGGGCCGUUGCCUCCGAUGCAUUUCCCCCGGAGAUAUCCAGCUCACAUAUACGAGCGUCCGUGGCCAGAUACGAGGAUUUUAUUUCCGCAGCUGCCAAGAGAAGUGUCUGUUGCUCAUGUGGGAAAUUUGUACCCAACCCCAAUGUCUACCAGGUAGAUAAUGAGGAACCUUUACUCCUGCCAUUGAAGGGGCUUCUUGAUACCUGUGGCCGACAUAAUAACAUUUGGGAUGUCUGUUCGUCGUGCCAUACUUCACUCAAUCGACAUAUGAUUCCGAAGUUCUCGGCCAAGAAUAUGGUGAAUGUGACUCUAUGCCAGGACUAUCCGUCCACUCUAGAAGGUCUCACUCUCACGGAGGAAUGCCUUAUUGCAAAGUGCCAUCCUCUAGGUGUCGUUCUAAAACUUCGGCCGGGGGGCCACCCCUCGCCCGUCAAUUAUCACGCUCUCCGGGGGCAUUUCAUUGUUAUUCCACAAGACCCGAGACCACUGCUCAACAUCCUGCCGAGCCCGGAGUUAACGCUACAUAGCCUGAUCAAGGUGUUCUGGUUGGGUGCUCGACCUCCCAAAGAUUCGGACCUUAGUCCCUUUCUUCUCGUUCGGAAGGCGAAAGUUCUGGCGGCUUUGCAAUACCUUGUUCAAUACAACCACCUCUACCGGGACCUCACCAUUAACCAGCCCAUGAUCGAUGACUGGAGCGAUGACUUCAUCCCGCCAGAGCUGCGAGAUAGCAUCAUCUGUCUCGACGAGCCUGAUCACCAUGAGCGUGAAGGGUACACCGUGGACCUGCGGACGGGAAACUACGAGAACGAUCUUCAGGCUGCCCAAGAUAGUGCGUGUGAUGUCCACAUCGGCGAGCCUUUCAUCACCGGCUCCGUCUCCACGGACAUCAAUGGAGAACGUCAAGACCCUAACCUUCGUGUACUGGACGCAUUGUUCAGCGUAAUCACGAACAGACUGCCGACAUUGACCGAGGGCACAUGUCAUCGAAAAAUGCCUGUUAUCUCUUACAAAAUCCAUGGACAAGCCACCCUGGUGGACCACUGGUCAGAUCCCCAUUAUUUUACCGCCGCUUUCCCAACCUUGUUCCCCGUCGGGAUUGGGGGCCAUCUGGACGAGCGAACUAUCCCGGUGUCACUUGGGGCUUAUGCCGAGUGGGCUUUGAGCCACCAUAGUAGAAGGUUCGCACGCCAUAAAACCUUCAUGUACUUGUUAUAUGAUGUGAUCCAGCUCCGAAAGUCGUCAAUAGGCAACGCCUUCCUCAUCAAAUGCCAGAAUUGGCAGUCGGCAACCAAGGACAUCACAUCUCUGACAGUGAGCCAACUCCAGAAUGCAGCGAAGAUGGUUGCAACGGGCCAGAAAAUUGAGGAUUCAAUCAUUCGACGACUGCUACGAAAUAUCGUGGCUAUCGGCAUGCAGGUCCCAGGAUCCUUUGCUCAGAAACUCAGAUUGCGCUCUGAAAUUCGAGGGCUGAUUACACGAUACGGCAUGCCCGCUUUUUGGAUCACCAUCAACCCCUCCGACCUACGGAACCCGCUCGUCCUGAUCCUGGCCGGUGUAGAGUACUCUGGGAACAACUUGCCCGCAGCAAAUGCCGCUAUACGUGAAGCUGCUGCUACCUCUAACCCGGCAGCUGUCGCUGAGUUCUUCCAUCACGUCUGCAAAGCCAUCCUGGAAGGCCUUCUUGCUACCAAUACGGGCCAAAUCGGGAUCCUUGGUGACCUCUCCAACCAUUUUGCUGUUGUAGAGACAAAUGGCCGAGGUAUGCUACAUCUCCAUGGAUUAGCGUGGGCGAGAGGUAACUUAACUUUCACUACAUUGCGUGACCGGCUCCUCCAGGACACCAACUUUGCGGCUCGUAUGCUUCACUACCUAGAGUCAAUCAUUAUGCAAGGCAUUGACGAAAGUAUUCCACACGACCCUGAAGUGAACAUUCCUGCACGCAACCCUCGGCCAAAGAUUUCGAAUCCGAUGAAGACUUCCAUCUUCGACUAUCACAUGACAGCAAUUGUAUCACUCUACCGGCAAACGGGACCCGGAAAGAAUGCAUGUCGAUUUGGCAUGCCCCGAGAUCUGGUUCCCGUCUCUAAGAUAGAUGAGUUUGGACUGAUCCACCUCGCUCGAAACCACGCCUGGAUAAACCCAUGGAAUCCCGCCAUUGCUAGUUGUGUCCGUUCUAAUCACGACAUCUCUUGGAUUCCAACAGUCUCCAAAUCUUUGUCACUGAUCUAUUACAUCACCAACUACGCCACGAAAGAUGACGUCUCUCCUUGGUAG